CGGAGCCGUGUCUCCCGCGCCCUAGUCCUGUGCCCGGGUGCGGCACCCCAGCCCCGCCGGCCCCGCCGCCAUGCGCUGCUACGAAGACGAGGGCAGCUGGAACCUGUCCUUCUCGGGCGCCGGCUUCCUGGGGCUCUACCAUGUGGGCGUCACGCGCUGCUUCCGCGAGCGCGCCCCGCGCCUCCUCCAGGGCGCCCGCCGCAUCUACGGCUCCUCGUCCGGGGCGCUCAACGCCGUCAGCAUCAUCGCGGACCAGUCGCUGGAUUUCUGCUGCUCCACUCUCCUGGGCAUGGUCAAGCACUUGGAGCAGCUGAGCCUGGGCAUCUUCCACCCCGCCUUCGCCCCCAUUGAGCAUAUUAGGCAGCAGCUGCAGGAGAGCCUGCCCCCCAACAUUCACAUCCUGGCCUCCCAGCGGCUGGGCAUCUCCAUGACCCGCUGGUCGGAUGGCCGCAACAUCAUUGUCACCAACUUCGCAACCCGCAAUGAAGUCAUCCAGGCUCUGAUCUGCACCGUGUACUUUCCUUUCUACUGUGGGAUAAUUCCCCCUGAAUUCAGAGGGGAGCGCUACAUCGAUGGGGCUCUGAGCAACUACCUGCCCUUUUCGGACUCGCCCUCCACAAUCACCGUGUCCCCUUUCCAUGGGACGGUGGACAUCUGCCCGCAGAGCACCUCGGCCAACAUACAUGAGCUGAAUGCCUUCAAUGCUAGUCUCCAGAUCUCCACCAAGAACUUCUUCCUGGGGUUCAGUUGCCUCCUAUCCCCCAACUCUGAGGUAGCAGCGGACAACUGCAGACAAGGUUACCUGGAUGCCCUCAGGUUCCUGGAGAGACGCGGACUUACGAAGGAGCCAGUGCUUUGGAUGCUGGUGUCUAAGGAGCCUCCAGCCCCAGCUGAUGGGAGCCAGGACACCGGCCACGACAGAGGCCAGGAGGGGGGCCUGUCUCUCAACUGGACGGUGCCCAAUGUGCUGGUCAAGGACGUGCCCAACUUUGAGCAGCUCUCGCCAGAGCUGGAGGCUGCACUGCAGAAGGCAUGUACGAGAGACGCCAGCACCUGGGCCCGCUUCUGCCGGUCGAGGCCCGGCCGGGCACUGACCUACUUGCUGCUGCCCUGCACACUACCCUUCGAGUACAUUUACUUCCGGAGCAAAAGGCUGGUUGUGUGGCUGCCCGAUAUGCCAGCCGACGUGUGGUGGAUGCAGGGCGUGCUGCAGAGCUUGGCCACCGAGAUCUACACCAGGUCAAAGGACCAGCUCCUCAGGCUGGUCAGCCUGCCGGUCACCAGCCCCCUCCAGCCUGGGGCAGCUCCUCUCGUGGACCUGGCCAAGGAUCCCAGACCUCCCCAUCAGGCCUGAGGGGCACAAUGCAGGGCCAGCCCAAGGACUGGCCUCCCAUGGUCCCCGUCUUGGCCCUCAUCCUGUGCCGACAUCUGCUCCCAGUCCUUGAGUCCUGACUAGUCUUCCGGAGGCUCAGAGCCCAGCGUGGUGCUAUCUGCUGAGUGGAGGACUGAGGGGACAGCCUCCCUUUCCUCUCAGACUCGCCCCUGAUUGUGUGGGUGGGUGGCCCCCGGGAACCAGAACAGGCCCCACCAGCUCCCCUGGAGCCCCUGUUCCUUGGAGCCAAGGAACCAGUGAGAGAAGGGGUGUCUCCCGGGGGCCUGGGGACUUCUUUUUUGGGAGAGGCCCAGCUUAUUGGUAUGUCCCUUGGUCACUGUAUCCAGGUCACCCGGCCCCUGACUCAUCAGAGGGAAAAAGGAAGGUAGGAGCUGAGACACACAAAUUGGCUCUUGAAUUUCUGUGGUGGGGGACGCAGGGGCAGCGUCUGUUGAGGAGCGGGGUCCGCAUGCUGUUGCUGAGCUGUUUGCAGAGCACUUUGCAGAAGACAGUGAAAGUGCCAUGUGCUCCUGACUGGAAGGCAGAUGGAAGUGAUGGGUUGGGGUGUGCCUCCCCUCAGACCCUUCCUUUGACUUCCUUGGUCCUGCACUAGCCUCGCGGUGACCCCCAUGGUUUGUCUCAUUCUAGCAACCUUGAUCUCUGACUUCCUACUCAUCCAUCCAGCGGGGACCCCCCAGCAGGGAAUGUGAAGGUGGGAAGAGAGAGGGGGCUCAAAAUCUUCUCAGAAUCCCACCUACGUGGGUCCUGCUGGGGUGCCCCGGGACCCCUGGCUGCCAGCACUGUGGCGCCACCCCCUUAUUCCUCAGGAAGGCUUAUGGUGUAGCAGUGCCUCCACACACACCACGCCCAGGUCCCUUCCUCUCUCGCAGAGAGGAGACUGGGACCCCAGCCCUCUGGCCUCUCCUGGGAGCCAAUCCUCUCCUUGUCCUCAGAGUAGAACCCACACUGUAUCUUGGCCAGUCCCUUAGGACACACUCAGCCUGAGUAAAGAUGGGGAGGGUGGGGAGAUGGAGACAUCAGCAAGAGAAAAAGAGAGAGAGGAAUAAAUCCAAACAAAAGAGAUAAUGACUCAUUCAUUCAUUCAUUCAUUCAUUCAUUUGAUUUAUGCUUAAUGGGUUGUAGGUUCUAGGGUCACAGCAGUGAACAAAACUUGCAUUCUGGUGCAAGUAAGGGGAAGGAGAUGCUAAACAGCCAACCAGAAGCUGAAAAUGAGAUGAUCUGAGGAGCAGUAGUGGCGUGAAGAGAGCGAGAGAGAAUGGACACAGUGGCGGUCAGGGUGGGAGCAACAUUGGGUCAGUGGUCCAGGAAGGCCUCUCUGAGAAGGUGACAUCAGGGGCAGGGCCUCAGAUGAGAGGCAGACGGCUGGGGGAAGAGCUUUGCAAGCAGAGGGAACAGCAAGUAGUUGGUGUGGCCGGGACCUUGUGAGCGAUGGGGAGCACCGAGCGUGAUGAGGCAGGCGGAGGGUAGGCAGAGGCUGGGUCGCAGAGGCCACUGUCACGGUGAUCAGGGCUUUGGGUGUGGGCAGUCAGGGGAGGUGUUGGGAGCAGAGAAGCAAAAAGCCAAGGGCAGAGUGAGAGAGCGGAGCAUAGGAGGGCCUGGGUCAGGUUGGGAGGUUGAAAGGGAGAGGAGAGGUUACCGAGAGCAAGGACUUGCGGGAGGGUCCACCUCCCCACUCAUCUCCAGGACCCACUGGGGCUGAGCUGGCCUCUGUCCCCUCUUGCUGUCACCUGGGUGGGGGCAGGCACAGAUACUGUCCCCUGCAGCAGGAAGGGGGCUGUCCUACCUUAAGUCAGGUGAUCUCCAAGCCCCAAGUUUCCUCUCUCCACAGACCUGGAAUGCCUUGUCCUCGCUCCCAGGCACUGGGUUUGGGAUUUCCUCUGCCUGUGGAGAGGGGAGGACUGGCCUCCUGGGGCUCCAGGUUGAGGAUCUAGAGGCUCAGGAGGCCUCUGAGAAUUAUCCCCUAUCAAGGACAUGGGCCUCUAAGUGCAAACAGACCUCCCUUUAUCACCCCUUCUCUCACCGGUUCUUUGGGGCUUUCCCUAGGGCCAUCUUUGCCCCCAUUGCUUUGUUUUGUGUCUUAGAUGGAGAAAGAUAAUAGGCCUCUCCCAUCUUCAUCUUCAUCCUCUUUUCCUGACAGCAUGUUGCUAAAUGUUUCUAGCUUAUUUGGUUGAAUAUCUCAGUGGUGGUAAAUACUCUGCUCUGAGCACUUCUUUUUGUCUUUAUUAUUUGUGGCUCCUGAGUCAGGGUCACGUCUUCACAACUUGUGGUUGCAGAGAUUAUUCACAUGCAUCACUCACAGUGCUUUACAGUUUAUAAGUACUUCCCUGAUUUCUCUCCUAUUGAACUCUUAGACAUUUUCUCAUGUGGCUUUAAAAUCUGACUGCAGGGGAUGCCUGGGUGGCUCAGUGGUUGAGUGCCUGCCUUCGGCUCAGGGCGUGAUCCCAGGAUCCGGGAUCGAGUCCCACAUCGGGCUCCCUGCAUGGAGCCUGCUUCUCCCUCUGUCUGUGUCUCUGCCUCUCUCUCUGUGUCUCUCAUGAAUAAAUAAAUAAAAUCUUAAA